AUGGGGGUCCCGUGUGUCCCCUCUGUCGUACCCAGCCCAGGCCAUUGCCAUCAUGGCCUACACCAUGGAUGACCUGUAUGAGGAGUUCAACAAAAACAUGAGAGUGGCCGGGUGCACCCCCCAGGAAUACCGGGACAAUUUCCACUUCAAAACGCUGCAUUUCCUGCUGGCUGACGCCCUGGCCACGCUGAGGGCUGCUCAGAAGGAGGAGCAGAAAUGUCGCUGUGUGCUCCUGUGGAUAGGCAAGAACCAGUACAAGGCAAAUGUUGGUGACACCGUCCGGUUCGGUCAAUUCGCGCAGGGGUCAACUUGUGGAAGUGUCGUCUACAGUCUCGAGACUGCCACAAUGUUUGAGGUGCAGACGUGUCAUGGCGUGGUCAUCCCGGCACGCUCUGUGUACCCCUCAGAGGAGGUGCUGAUCCCACCCUUCGAGAAGUUCAAGGUCACCAAAGUCAACGGGGAUGGGAAGAGCACAUUCAGUAUGCAGCUUGAAUCCAUCGGGACCUACAGCAAAUAUAACUGCGAAUGGCUGACAGGUGGGAGCGUCCCCAGGGCACCCUGUCACAUUGGAGGACUCUUCCUGGCCACCAUAGUCCUGGCAAUGGGUACCAGCAUCCUCUGAGUCAUGAAGCCACCAAGGUCAUUGUGAUUACUAUGGUUACUCUGGCAACCAUGAUCACCAAGACCACCAGGACAGCCAGAGAAACAAGGUUACCAAGGCCACCAAGGCCACCACUGCCACUAUUGUCACCUUGGCCACCAUGGCCUCCAUAUGGUCACUGCAGCCACCAUCGGUAAGUGUGGCCAUUGCAGCCACCACUGCCACUCUGGCUACCAUGGUCACUAUAAGCACCAAGGCCACUGAGCCACAAGGCUACCACAGCCACUGUGGCCACUGUGGCUACCAAGGCCAUUGUGCAAAGCAAUUCUAGUAAAAAAUUCUUUUAGAAUUAUUGUAUCAAAACAAUUUCAUUAAAUCGUUCUAUGAAAACAAUUUUUCUAAAUAAUUCUAUGCAAACAAUUGCCUUUAAUUAUUGUGACAUAUGAUACAAUGUAAUUUGUGUAAAGUUGUACAGUCAUGUAGAAUAAGCAAUGUUUGUAUGAACAAAAUAAUAAAGCUCAGAAUCCAAAAAAAGGACCACAGACAAAAAGGACACAGAUAACUUCAUCACAUCAUUGUAACAUCCAACAAAAGCAGGACAGUCCAUAUUAACAACUAAAUGGACCUAGCCAAAGCAGAGGUGGCUCUGUGCAGGGAACACCCAAGCAAUGAGCACCCAGCAAGCACCUGCGAUUCAGGUAACCAGAGCCAUCAAGAAAACUACAUCUGAAUUCCAUCUUCCCAUAAAGGAGAACCUGUCUUCAUUAGAAUUUAUUGUCUCCCAGAAUAUGGUUUUGUCCAGCCCAAUGCAGUGAAAGAAAACCACAAGAAUUUGCAGAAUGACGAAAGAAGACAAAGACCUCCGCUCCGGGCUAAAAAAGCCUGUAUAAAACUGGGCUAAACAAAGUGGUUUGGUGAACACUGGGGGAUCUGAUGUGAUAGAGAUCAGAUCAGAGUGUGUUCACCCAUCUCCAACUCUGGGCUUCGUGUGGGCCUUUACGAUUGUGGCUGUCAUGGACCGUAUCCCAGUCACAAAAUAAAUAUAG